UGCCGUUGAUGGCCGCAGCGCGGUUCUAUUUUCCCCCCGCCUCCUCUCCAGCGACAAACCCCUAGUAUUUUCAUCAUCAUGAUCAUCAUCAUCAUCAUCAUUCAUCAUCAUCAAUAAUCAUCAUCUUGUUGAUGAUCAUGACUACUUCGUUACUAUUUUUACUAUUAUUAUUUUUAGUAUUAUUGUUUUAGGCGAACUACCAACUAGUUAAUAAUUUCAUCAUUUGUAAACAAAUGUUGUGUCUUGUCUUUCAUCAUGUCGAUUUCUAUUUCCCAAUCACAGUUUAUUCGUGCGGGGUAAAUACGUAGUAGCCUCGGAUAAAACACGGAAGAAUGGAGGAAAUAAUAGCGGAAAUUGGAAGGAAGGUGGAUAAACCAUGAUAGGUAAUAAUAUAUACCAGAUUAGCGCUGGAUGAAUUCCAAUUAUGGCUGUCGUGGUCGAAUGGAGAUCUCCCGCAUCGGCUCUGUGUCUGUGGAUUGGGUAACAAAACCCCCAACCAGCGGAACCGGGAACGGUUGCAAGGUGCCUGGUUCGAAUCGCCGGGUCGCGAGAAUUUAUUAAUUAGAUUCUUCUCCCACACUCGUGCGAGUAAUCCACGACUUGGCUGUUGGCGCGCUAAGCAAUGGCCCGCAUCCUCGAGGGAAGCAAUUCUGCAGAGAACGGGCUCCCCGGCGAUGGCGGCACCAGAUCACACCGCCGCUGCACAGGCACGGACUCGAAUGGGAUGGUCGACUUUCUUUUUUUUUUCUUUUUUUUUUCUUUUUUUUUUUUAAUUUAAUUUAAAUUUAAUUUUGAUUUUACCUGCUUCCCUUCUUUAUGAUCCCCAAAUAAAAGAAUAUAAUAAUGGUGGCCUUCUUCGACUGCAUCCCGCCCGACCUCCGCGACUGGCUGCUCCGCCAGCCUGUCUUCUUCGUCGCUUCCGCCCCCUCCACCGGCGCCCACAUCAACCUCUCCCCCAAGGGCCUUCCCGCCGCCUCCCUCGCCGUCCUCUCCCCAACCAGGGUCGCCUAUCUCGAUGCCACAGGCUCCGGCAACGAGUCCAUCAGCCACCUACGCGAGAAUGGCCGCAUGACCCUCAUGUUCUGCUCCUUCAACGCCUCCCCGCGCAUCCUGCGUCUCUUCUGCACGGGUUCCGUCAUCGAGUGGAAUGAGCCGCCCUUCCAUCCCAUGUUGGCCCAGAUGCAGUUGGCCGACAAGUACGUCGAGAGUGCGCGGGCCGUCAUGGUGCUCGACGUCUUCAAGGUUCAAACAUCCUGCGGCUACGGCGUCCCCCGCCUCGCCCUCACCACGGACCCAACCACCAACGCCCCGAAGCCAUACCUGCAGGACCGCGAGACAAUGGGCCACUGGGCCUCCAACAAGAUCGCUAAGAACGAACUGCACGCCUACCAGGUCAAGAUGAACUCCGACAGCCUCGAUGGCUUACCGGGCCUGCGGGCUGCCAUGCGCGAGCGGGCUGCUGGGAAUCUGCUGCGGACGAUGUGGGUUGAUGUGCGCAUCUGGGGUUGUAGGAAUCGGAGGGUGAUUGAGAUGGUGGGCGUGAUGCUGAUGUCUGUGUUAAUGACUGUGGCUGUGAUGAGAGAAGGUUUCUUGAGUGUUUAAGUGUUUUACAGCUGAAUGAACAUAAUAACAUGACAUGACAAUGACAAUGAUGAUUGAAUCUUCAUAUCUAGACUAUUUCUACAUCUGUCUCUGUUAGACUGGACUGCCCGCCGUAUUUUUUUACCUUAUUUACUUGCAUUUUGUGUAAAAAUGCGUAACUAUGUCUAUUACUAGUCACUUCUGUUAUUUGAAGUUUCACUUGUAUGAAGCAAAAGAAUUCAAAAUAGUUGGCGUUGAGGUUGUUACAUAUGCAUACAGAGCAGGGACAUAUACUAGUGAAUUCUAGCUUAUGGAUUGAGGCUCUUCCCUUUUUUCAAGCCUUUGAUAUGUUUCUUCAGUGUUAUUGUAUAACUGUUGAAAAUGCAGGAAUAGACACUCUGUGGUCGCCGCUUUCCAACCCUCUGAUAGAAGAGAUAACAAGAAACUACAAGUAAAUAAAUGAAGCCACGGGAGGCAUAUUCUCCAUACAAGGACAUAAGUAUUUUCAGUAUUUCCAGAAGAUAUAGCUUGCACGUUUCCUAUAUGACAACACAUUCCAACUCUUUAUAGAAAACACAAGGUUAUAUAUACAAGCCCCGUAAGAAAAUAACUAGAUCCC